UGGCGGUGCCCGUGUCUAUCUCAACCUGAAUUCCCCGACUGCUCUGGCAAUCGAGCAGCUCUCCCCACCAUCACCGCUCCGCUCUUCCUCUGACCCUACUCUGAACCUCCACCGUCAUCGCAUUAUUUCAUAUCUUGCGCUGCUUCUCCGCGUUCGGUGAGCGCCGUCGUCAUCAUGCCUGAGUUCGUGGACCCGCGGAUGACCUCCAUCAAGCCCCGUAUCCGCUACAAUACCAUCGGAGGUGUCAAUGGUCCACUGGUCAUCUUGGACAAUGUCAAGUUCCCCAGAUACAAUGAGAUCGUGUCCCUGACACUGCCCGACGGCACAGAGCGCUCCGGACAGGUUCUGGAAGCUAGAGGCAACAGGGCAGUUGUCCAGGUCUUUGAGGGCACAUCUGGUAUUGAUGUGAAGAAGACUAAGGUAGAGUUUACCGGCCACAGCUUGAAGCUCGGUGUCUCUGAAGAUAUGCUGGGACGGGUGUUCGAUGGAUCAGGUCGCGCAAUCGACAAGGGCCCCAAGGUGCUGGCAGAAGACUAUCUGGAUAUCAACGGUAGUCCUAUCAACCCUUACUCUAGAGUCUACCCCGAAGAGAUGAUUUCCACCGGUAUCUCUGCUAUUGAUACCAUGAACUCCAUUGCUCGUGGCCAGAAGAUCCCUAUCUUUUCUGCCGCAGGUCUGCCACACAACGAAAUUGCAGCGCAGAUCUGUCGUCAAGCCGGUCUGGUCAAUAAGCCUACUAAGGAUGUACAUGACGGUCAUGAGGAGAACUUCUCCAUCGUCUUCGCUGCUAUGGGUGUCAACAUGGAGACUAGUCGAUUCUUCACUCGCGACUUCGAGGAGAACGGCAGUAUGGAACGUGUCACUCUUUUCCUUAACUUGGCUAACGACCCUACUAUCGAACGUAUUAUCACGCCCCGUCUUGCUCUGACCACCGCCGAAUAUUAUGCCUACCAGCUUGAGAAGCACGUUCUUGUUAUCCUGACCGAUCUUUCGGCCUAUUGUGACGCUCUUCGUGAAGUCUCCGCUGCUAGAGAAGAAGUUCCUGGUCGUCGUGGUUACCCCGGUUAUAUGUACACUGACUUGUCAACUAUCUACGAACGUGCCGGCCGUGUCGAGGGCCGUAAUGGUUCUAUCACGCAGAUCCCUAUUUUGACCAUGCCUAACGAUGAUAUCACGCACCCUAUUCCUGACCUGACUGGCUAUAUUACCGAGGGUCAGAUUUUCGUUGACCGUCAGUUGUACAACAAGGGUGUCUACCCCCCGAUUAACGUCCUACCCUCCCUGUCACGUCUCAUGAAGUCUGCAAUCGGUGAAGGCCACACCAGAAAGGAUCACGGUGAUGUCUCCAACCAACUGUACGCCAAGUACGCCAUUGGACGAGAUGCCGCCGCCAUGAAGGCAGUCGUUGGUGAGGAAGCCCUGUCGUCCGAAGACAAGCUCUCUCUCGAGUUCCUGGACAAGUUCGAGCGCACUUUCAUUUCCCAGUCUCCCUACGAAUCCCGUUCCAUUUAUGAAUCCCUGGACCUUGCCUGGAACUUGCUCCGCAUCUAUCCCAAGGAGCUGCUCAACCGUAUCCCCAAGAAGGUCUUGGACGAGUUCUAUGCCCGUCAAAGCCGUAAGUCCGGCAAGGAUACCAGGGACAACUCUGGCGAGCAGGAGCAGACGCCCGCGCAGCAGUCGGCAAACUUGAUUGACGCGUAAAUGCAUGGAUCUUAAACUAGACAUCCGUGAAACGGGUCUGCGCCCCUCCGUAACGGAAAAUUCGAGUAGGAAGUAUGCAGAGAUGGCUAAGGACCGGCUGUAUCGGAAACGGGAGGGGCUCUGCGAAAAGGUGACACAACACCCUGACGGGGUCGCGGGCCACCUCCCCGCGCAUGAUGUUGCAUAUACAUUUAGCUAUAACUGCUUUCACUGUCUUUUGUAGCAUAAGAAUCUCUAUAAGAAAGUUCGGUGCUGCCCUGAAACACAUGGACCUCAUUGCCGCCCAGUGGCUGACUAUUAGCUGUCGACUGUCCAGUAUCUUGUAGUAUUGGUCAGAAGUUGAUAGUUGAAGUCUUGAAGACUUUUUUAAAAAAAAAAACCUUAUGACUGGCCGUCCUAGGCCCUUAUUUCUUUAGAAGAAAUUGAAUUGUUUUGUGAU